AACAUUGUACAGUAACGCGAUGACAGCGCGUGUUUAUUUUUUAUUCGGAACAUGUAACGUGUGUGUGGGUUAUAGUGUCCUUUUACUCUCUCUCUCUCGCUCUCUCUAUUUUCAACAACAGAAACAGAAUACUUUGGCGAAGAUAAAAAGUUGUCUUAUCAGCUAUGUGUAACGUGACCCCGCCCAGUCAUAGUAACCGGAAAUCAUUCUCACCGAUCAUUGUGCGCGAGAGCCCGGUGAAGCGGAUCGCGCAGAGCGGCAACCUGACGGGCGAGCCCCGGAGGGUGCGCGACCUCGCGGCAGAGCUGCACGCCCUCGCGCAGAAGUGGAGCCUGCUGCACCUGGAAGGCCUCCAGCUGCUCACGGCCAUGGUGCCGGCGGUGCAUCGGCGUCGUGAAGAAGGUAUCGAGAGCUCAGUGCUACAGGACCAGUGCAACCAACUGUGUGAAAUACAUAAAUCCAUGAGUGACGUAGUAGCAAUUAUGGAUACUAUUGCGAAGCAGUACCGCGGCCUAGAGGUAUUAAGGAAAACCGACGAUCAACCGAUGUUCCUCACGUGGCCGCCUUCAAAAUUCAGCGAGGUGUCGAGCCGGCUGAGCCAGGCGUACCGCGCCGAGCUGGAGGCGAAGCGUCGCGUGGUGGAGAACGUCGCCCACGGCCGGGACGAAGCCACCGCCACCUACUACAUGGCCUUGUGGAUGCACCAGGUGUACAUCGACACGGACGCGGAGCUGGGGCUGGAGAGCAUGCUGCUCGAGACGGGGCUCCGUGAGGUGGCCUGCGCCUCGUCGCGAUAGCACCGCCUCCCCUCGCGUCCCCAGGGCUCCUCCCGGCCAAUCAUGGAACCAUUGGUGGGGGUAUACUGCCUGCACUGCAUUCCGACAAACAGUGAAGUGUGCCGAGAGCGAGACUGAGGUUAUAGUGUUAAAAUGUGCCCUUUUUCGCUGGAGGUACCGGACAUUUGCCUUGGUAGCCUGGCCGCGACUUUCGAAGAAGGCCGAAACUUGAGAAAAUGUCGGCAUAUCUGUUUCGAUUCCACAGAAAUCCUUUAAAAAAUAAAAUAAAAAAUACUGUAAUUCCCAUUAACGAAUGAAAAGAAUUUUAAAACAAAGAGCAGAAUAAGUGAUCUAUCCCCCAAAUGAAAUUCUGUUUAUACUCGUGUGAAUUGGAUUGGGUUACUUUAUAAGUGGAAAAAAAGUGUGUUGCAGUUUUGCCAAUGCUGUAGAACACUACCACAGUUUAUUAAAUGGCAUUAUAUAUUUGUGAAUGAUUUUCA